UAAACUAGCUCUUUAUGAUACAGGGCCAAAGUCAGACUCAAUCUUUCACCUCCGCCGCUCCGUGGCUAUGCAAAACAAUUCAAAAAGAAACUAAACACCCUUCCGGAAACUUUCCCUCCGCAAUGGCGUCGGGCUCGUCUCGGCCCCAAAUCGACCAGUUCUUCCCGGCCAAGAAGCGGAGGCCCUCGUCGCGCAAGGACGGGUCGCCGCGACCCGGGACGCAGCAUGAGAGCCCCGGCGGCGCCAAGGGGUCCCUGGAGGGCUACCUCGCCCGUUCGCUUUCCACCCGUGCCGCGGCGGCGGCAUCGGUGCUCCCCGUGAGGUCGCCCAGCGGCGGGGACCCGGGCGCCAGGCGGAGCCUCUCGGCAGCAAUGGAUGUCGAUGUCGGUUCCUCGGCUCCGGUGGUGGCGGUGGUAGGUGACGGGGCAGACUUUGAUCUCAGGAGGAGCACGGCGGACUUCUUGUCCCAUUCCUGCAGCGAGCAGUGGGGGAUGAAACAGAAGCGGAGUGCGACCCAGUCAUUCUUGAUUCCUUGUGACAAUGACUGUGUCAAGAAGCAGCGAGUUGCCCAUUGUGGUGGUUUGGAAGCUCCAAAGGAGUUAGAUGAUAACGUGGCUUCCAUGAAACAAUGCAUCAAUCACCAUGGUGGGUCAGAGGCUGUGGAGCAGGAAUCUUUUGAGGGGGAACAGGUGAGUUGUGUUGGGUUUUCGGCCUUGCAAAGAUGUAGCUUUACCCCAAGUACUGCACAGAGAAAAGUUGGGUUUUCUCUAGCCCCUGUGGAAACCCUAAAGUCUGUAUCGAGGAAUUCCCUUACUUCACCUGGGGAGGAGUUCUGGAAUGCAGCAAUUGAACUCGCUGAUGGGAUAUCUGCCCAAGCUGAUAAGGUCCGCGGAAGGCCUGAAUUUGAUGCAGCAGAAGACAAGUCAUCUUGUGCAGUAGCAGUAUGCUCUAAGACUCUUUGUAGAUCAGAAAGGGAUGAACUUGACUGUCAAAAUACAGUAGGAAGCAAUGAUACACAUCAUAUGGAGAAAUUGUCAAAUAAAGUUGAAUCACUGGCAGUAAACAGUCAGCAUAUAAUUAAUUCCCCUUUGCCUGUGAAGCAGCUGGAUUUCUUUCAUGAGGAUGAUAUUAAAGUUUCAUGUUCAAAAUUUGAAGCAAAAGGCAGCUGUGAAGCUUGUAGUGCACAAGCAGACCAUGUUACAUUGAAAGACAGUGGCCUUCUAGGAAAGGAAAAUCUCAUAGACCCUGUGGAUGUGAUGAAGAAAAGUGCUAGUAAUUUGCACACUGAUUCUGCAGCCAUGACCAUGAGAUGUCAGGGUGUAUUCAAGUCAACAAUUGAAGGGAAUGUUCACCCAACUCAAGAGGAUGCAAGGGAUUCUCAUCUUAUUAGUAGAGAUCUCAAUCAGCCAACCCACAAUAAAAAUAAAUCACUUGCUGCAUAUUCAAAUAAUUGCAAGACUUGGGUAGAUUCCAAGAGUAAAUUUGCUUCUGAGGAAGUGGAAGCUAGGACACCUAGUAGCUCCAUUCCUCUGAAGGAUCAGUCAAAGCUAUCAAGUUGGCUUCCUCCUGAACUUUGUGCUAUGUACAUGAAAAAAGGCAUUUCAGAGCUGUACCCUUGGCAGGUUGAAUGUUUACUUGUGGAAGGUGUCUUGGACAAAAGGAAUCUUGUGUAUUGUGCAUCCACGAGUGCUGGUAAAAGUUUCGUCGCUGAAGUUCUGAUGUUGAGGCGGAUACUGUCAAGUGGGAAUGUGGCAAUUCUUGUCCUUCCCUAUGUGUCAAUAUGUGCUGAAAAGGCUGAACAUCUUGAACAACUUCUUGAGCCACUGGGUAGGCAUGUCCGUAGCUUCUAUGGGAACCAGGGGGGAGGCUCACUUCCUAAAGAUACUGCAGUUGCUGUAUGUACCAUAGAGAAGGCAAACUCUUUGGUAAACAAGUUGUUGGAGGAUGGCCGCCUCUCUGAACUUGGUGUAAUUGUCAUAGAUGAACUUCAUAUGGUUGGUGACCAACACAGAGGGUAUCUUUUAGAACUGAUGCUCACAAAGCUUCGAUAUGCUGCUGGUGAAGGGACUUCACAGUCAUCUAGCGGAGAAAUUUCAGGCUCUAGCAGUGGGAAGAUGGCAAGUCAUGGGUUGCAGAUAAUUGGUAUGAGUGCUACUAUGCCCAACAUUGCUGCAGUAGCUGAUUGGCUUCAAGCUGCUCUUUAUCAAACUGACUUUCGACCAGUUCCACUGGAGGAAUUCAUCAAAGUUGGUAAUCAAAUAUUUGAUAAAGACAUGAACGUCGUUCGUGUCCUUCCCAAAGUAGCUGACCACGGUGGCAAGGAUCCAGAUCAUAUUGUUGAACUGUGUAAUGAGGUUGUUCUUCAGGGGCAUUCUGUGCUUUUGUUUUGCUCCAGUCGUAAAGGCUGUGAAUCCACUGCAAGACAUGUUGCCAAGUUCUUGAAACUAUCCUCUGUUGGAUCAAGUGACGUUAGUUCAGAGUUUUCAGAUGCUGCUGCUGCUAUUGAGGCCUUGAGGAGGUGCCCUGCUGGAUUGGAUCCAAUAUUGGGAGAAACCCUUCCUUUUGGUGUUGCAUAUCAUCAUGCUGGUCUUACGGUUGAGGAGAGGGAGAUUGUGGAAUCAUGCUACCGUAAAGGCCUUGUCCGUGUUCUGACUGCCACUUCAACUUUAGCUGCUGGUGUUAACUUGCCUGCUAGACGGGUUAUAUUCAGGCAGCCUAAGAUAGGUCGUGAUUUUAUUGAUGGGACUCGCUAUAGACAGAUGGCUGGCCGUGCUGGUCGAACUGGAAUAGACACAAAAGGAGAAAGUAUACUUGUAUGCAGGCUUGAAGAGGUCAAGAGAAUUACAGGUAUUAUUAGAAGCAAUUGCCCUCCCUUGGAGUCCUGCCUCUCAGAAGAUAAAAAUGGAAUGACUCAUGCAAUUAUGGAGGUUGUUGCUGGUGGGAUUGUGCAAACUGCAAAUGAUAUUCAUCGAUAUGUGCGGUGUACCCUGCUUAACUCCACGAGACCUUUUGAUGAUGUCGUGAAGUCAGCUCAAGACUCCCUUCGUUGGUUAUGCCAUAAAAGGUUUCUUGAUUGGAACCAUGAGACCAAGAUAUACUCCGCUACUCCCCUUGGUAGAGCUGCUUUCGGAAGUUCACUCAACCCUGAGGAAUCACUGGUUGUUCUUGAUGAUCUUUCGAGGGCAAGAGAAGGCUUUGUUCUGGCAUCUGAUUUGCAUUUAGUUUACUUGGUCACACCCAUAAAUGUAGGUCUUGAACCUGAUUGGGAAUUAUAUUACGAGAGAUUCAUGCAACUUACUUCUCUUGAGCAGUCAGUAGGCAAUCGGGUUGGAGUAAUCGAACCCUUCUUGAUGCACAUGGCUCAUGGAGCAUCCAUGCCUGUUUGUGGAAGGCCUCAGAGAAACACUGGUUUAAGUAACAAGUCAGCACAAGCCGGUGGAAAUGCUCUUGUUAGUGAGCAUACACUCAGAGUGUCAAAGCGCUUUUAUGUGGCUUUGAUGUUAUCGAGGCUUGCUCAGGAGAUUCCUAUUGCUGAUGUUUGUGAGACAUUUAAGGUUGCCAGAGGUAUGAUUCAGGCGCUGCAGGAAAAUGCUGGCAGGUUUGCUUCAAUGGUCUCUGCAUUUUGUCAAAGACUUGGUUGGAAUGAUUUAGAAGGCCUUGUUUCGAAAUUCCAAAAUCGUGUUUCUUUUGGAGUUAGGGCAGAGAUUGCCGAACUGACAUCAAUUCCAUUUGUCAAGGGCUCACGUGCAAGGGCUUUGUACAAGUCUGGUCUGCGUACUCCUGUUGCCAUUGCUGAAGCAUCUAUUCCUGAAAUUGCAAAAGCUCUUUUUGAAUCUUCUGCUUGGUCUGGGCAAGAUUCUGGUUUACAACGAAUGCAAUUUGGUAUAGCCAAGAAAAUAAAAAACGGAGCUCGCAAAAUUGUCCUGGAGGAGGCAGAAGCCGCCAGAGUAGCAGCAUUCUCAGCUUUCAAGUCACUUGGUGUGGAAGUUCCUCAGUUCACUGCACCUCCACUUGCAGCUGUUGAGGACUAUCCAACUCGAGAUACCAUAGACCAAGCUAAGUCCAACAAGCUAGCUUUUGGUACCCAUGCUAGAGAUGAUAAAAAUAAGAAUAGCUGCUCUGAUUAUGCUACCCCAAGGGGUUCUACAUACAGUCUAAGAAAGGAUGCAAACCCUGCUCCUUCCAUUCAAAUGAGAGAGAAUGCAGGACUAUCUAAAAAUGUGAAAAUCACUAGACAGGGAGGAGCAUCAUCUUUGUCAACAGAAAUUGCUGAUGGAUUGAGUAGUAGAGAUGUGGCUGACAGAGGCCCUGUCCAAGCAUAUAACUUCCCAGGGGGCUUUGACUGUUUUCUUGAUCAAUGGUCUGCUGCUAGCCAUUUUUUCUUCGAUGUCCAUUUUAUCAGGAGAUCGCUGAAACCAUCUUCGAACCUUUUUGAAGUUUUUGGGUUGGCUGUCUGUUGGGAAAAUUCCCCCAUAUACUACUGCAACUUCCCAAAAGAUCUAGUCACUACUAGUAACAAUGACUUCAGGGAAAUGUGGGGUAAUUUUCAGAGAAGAUGGGAAAAAAUAACUGACAUUAUGCAACAAAAGAGUGUCCAGAAAAUGACAUGGAAUUUAAAGAUCCAGAUUCAGGCACUUAAAUCACCUUAUAUCUCUUGCCAACGGCUUGAAAGGUUUCAUCUUGACCAUAAAAUGCUAGACAAAGUUGAAGUGCUUGACAACUCAUAUGUGUUGUUAUCACCAGUCUCUGUCUACAAUGGAUUGGAUAUAUGUCUGCUGGCGUGGGUUCUAUGGCCUGAUGAGGAAAGCAGAACGGUACCAAAUCUCGAGAAGUUUGUCAAGAGACGACUUCAUAGUGAAGCUGCUGCUGCUGCAAAUCGUGAUGGAAGAUGGAGAAAUCAGAUGCACAAAGCAGCACACAAUGGAUGCUGUAGACGUUCUGCACAGACACGAGCUUUGUAUACUGUUCUGAAGAAAUUACUUACUCAAAAUCUUUCUGAUUUGGUUGAAACAAUCGAGGCCCCGUUGGUUAAUGUUCUUGCUGAUAUGGAACUUUGGGGAAUUGGCGCUGACAUGGAUGCUUGUCUCCAUGCGAGGCAUAUUAUAACAAAAAAGCUAAAGGAACUGGAGAAAGAAGCUUACAGAUUAGCAGGCAAGAAUUUCUCUCUAAAUGCUACUGCUGACAUCGCAGACAUUCUAUAUGUACACCUAAAAUUGCCAGUUCCAAAAGGUUGUGAGAAAGGGAAGCUGCAUCCUAGCACUGACAAGCAGUCCUUGGACCAUCUAAGGGAUCAACACCCAAUUAUCCCAGUAAUUAAGGAACACAGAACAUUAGCAAAACUGUUAAAUGGCACAUUGUGGUCCAUUUGCUCACGUGCUCAAUUGUGCACGCAAUCACAAAGGUACAUCAUACAUGGUAAUUGGCUUCAGACAUCAACUGCCACUGGCCGUUUGUCCAUGGAGGAGCCAAAUCUGCAGUGUGUUGAGCACUUGGUGGAAUUCGAUACAGGGAAAAGCAAUAAAGAUUACUGCAUGUCAGUGGAUGAUCAUCAUAAAAUCAAUGUCCGUGAUUUUUUCAUACCGACCAAGGAGAACUGGUUAUUUGUAACUGCUGAUUACUCACAGAUUGAGUUGCGUUUAAUGGCUCACUUUUCUAAAGAUCCUACAUUGGUUGAACUUCUAAGUAAACCUGAUGGUGAUGUUUUUACCAUGAUUGCUUCAAGAUGGGCUGAUAAAGAAGAGGCUUUGAUAUCUUCCAAAGAGAGAGAGAACACUAAAAGAUUGAUAUACGGCAUCCUUUAUGGAAUGGGUGCAAAUUCCCUUGCAGAACAACUUGAGUGCAGCACUGAAGAUGCUGCACAGAAGAUUCAAAGCUUUAGGAGAUUAUUUCCUGGUGUUUCCUCAUGGUUACAUGAAGUUGUGUUAUCUUGUCGCCAAAAAGGAUAUGUGGAGACUUUAUUGGGCCGCCGACGUUUUCUUACAAAAAUAACGGCUGGCAAUAGCAAAGAGAAAGCUAAAGCACAGAGACAAGCUGUAAAUUCUAUUUGCCAGGGUUCUGCUGCUGAUAUUAUCAAGGUGGCUAUGAUUAGACUUCAUUCAGUAAUUACCAACAGAACUAGGGCAACUGAUUCCACAGAUGAAGUUACAAGAAAAUUUUCAGAAUUUGGUGGCCAGUGUCACCUUAUUUUGCAGGUGCAUGACGAGUUGGUAUUGGAAGUUGUUCCAUGCAUGGUAGCACAGGCUGGAAGGCUGUUACAGAUAUGUAUGGAAGAAGCAGCUUCACUAUUGGUACCUUUGCGCACAAAAAUAAAGGUGGGAAAAACUUGGGGUUCACUAGAACCCUUCUAUCCUGAGCCUUGUUGAUGCAAAUGGUGAAUGUCACUUGGAGUAAGCUACAUGGAUGCCAAUUUUUCAUGACAUGCAAGGGCCUAGAUGAUUUUUCUGUAAGAAGGCUGAACAAGUUCCAAUAUGCCCCACUGGGACCAUGUGUCCAGCUCCAUUACUGAGAAUUUGCUAUGGACUUGUGGUUAUGAUGGAUGGUCCAUGUGGUAUGCCAGAAGCAAUUAUAUAUAUCUAGGCCUUUUGUAUAUCAUAUCACCAAUAGAUGCUGUCAAAGGGCGUGCUGGCAUCUCUUGGAGGUGCAUUUGGUUUGAUGGAUAUCCUCAUGGAAAAGGGAUGUUUGGUUCGCUUACGAGUUGGAUAUAGAUAUAGGUGUUGGUAUCCCUGCCACCAAAAAAUUGCCUAGCGAGUUCAUCCAUGUUUUGUAAUCUGUCAUUAGCAAAAAAAUUAUGGAUUAUUGGUUUGUGAUAUUGUUACUUGUAAUUAUGAUAGCAAUAUUAUAUUUGAUAAGUGUGAAUAUGCAUGUUUUGUAUGCCAA